CUUGUGUUCCUCCUACUACUCUCUUCUCUUCACCAGAAAUAAAGGAGAAUUUCCUGGUUUUUGUCUUGCUUUUGGUCACAACAAAUCCCAACUUCCCUGCUCCUCUGUUUUUCUCAUCCGCUUUCUUUUUUUUUUUUUUCAUUUAAAGAUAACUCUUCCUUUUCAACUCUUCAUUUUUGAGAGCAUCCCAGAGCGAGAAACCAAAGAAAUUAUCAGUAAGGGAGAGAGGAAGAAGAAAACCAGAGAGUCUUUUGGAAACAAGGAAGAGAAAGAAAAAAGGUUUCAAUAAAAGAUCUUUCUUUUUUUAUUUAUCACUUUUUUCCUCAUCUUCCUCAAAAAUGUCAAUUACACCGGCUGGAAGCUCUCCUGCUGGAUUAGAAGAAGUUCAUCAUCAACCACAACAAAAACAAGAACAAGUUACAGUGCUAAAUGAUCAUUUUCAUGGCUUGAACUCGUCGUCUUCGAUCACAGAUAAGAGCAACGGUUCCAACUCUACUCCAUUACCUGUUAAGAAGAAGAGAAAUCAGCCAGGAACUCCAGAUCCUAAUGCAGAAGUCAUUGCUCUAUCACCAAAAACCCUCUUGGCCACAAACCGCUUUGUUUGUGAAAUAUGCAAUAAGGGAUUCCCAAGAGACCAAAACUUGCAAUUGCACCGGCGAGGGCAUAAUCUGCCGUGGAAGCUCCAGCUAAGAACGAGCUUCCAGAAAAAGGUCUACGUCUGCCCGGAACCCUCCUGCGUUCACCAUAAUCCAGCACGUGCCUUGGGCGACCUCACCGGGAUCAAGAAGCAUUUCUGUAGAAAACAUGGUGAGAAAAAAUGGAAAUGUGAGAAGUGCACCAAGAAGUAUGCUGUUCAGUCAGAUUGGAAAGCUCAUUCCAAGGCCUGUGGUACCAAGGAAUACAAGUGUGACUGUGGCGCAAUCCUUCCCAGAAGGGAUAGCUUAAUGACUCAUAGAGCUUUCUGCGAUGCCUCAGUGCUCCCAACCCCAACUGAGGAAAACAACAAUGCAAGCCCAGGAAUAUCGGCGGGUGCCACUAAUGUGGGAUCAAACUUACACCAUCAAGUCAUCCCGGAGCUCGCACCUCCACUGGCGCCAGAGUUCAGCCAGGGAACAAUAACCCCCAUGGGGGCUGCAGCAGCUGGAAGCAUGUUUUCAAACAGUAGCAGCGGCAGCAAUGGGAGCCUUCUGUUUGGCGGUGGUUCUAGGAACCUAUCAUCAGACUCUCAAAGCUCUACAACAAUUCCUUCAGCUACAUUCAAUCCCUCCAUGUCCGCCACAGCCCUGCUGCAGAAAGCAGCUCAGAUGGGUGCAACUGCAGCCGCUUCUGGCAGCGGUAGCAGUAUCACUUCUCCUACAAUGAUGGCAUCCUUCAGCACAUUAAUGCAACUCCAAAUAAACAAUGGAUGGAUGUUUUCUUCCGGGGGUUUUGGAGACCAAAACAAUGGAAGCUUGAUUUCUGAUUUAUCAAGAUUUGGGGAUCAGAAUAUGAUGACCGUGGAUUUCUUGGGGAUCAAUGGAGAAACAAGACAAAGGCAAGACGAUGGGGUUUGGAAGAAUUGGGCAGAAUAUGCCGAUUAGAGUGGACGGACCGAAACAUUUUAAUCAAAAGCAUGCAAUGCCAUGAAAGAAAAAAGAAACUCAAGAAAAUGACAUGAAAUUUGGCCUUUCAUAAACUAAUAAUUCUUAUCUUCUCAAGCAGAAUUAUACUCUUUAAUUAUUAGCGCAUAACUUUUUUUUAUUACAAUGGAGGUCAGUCCGGAGGAGAGGAUGAGGAAUCAAACUCAUCCUAACCUGGUGGUAACCAAUGAGAGACUCAAGUGAUUAUUGAUAUUUGAGUUUAAUUCCUUUUAUUAGUGUAUAACUUCCUUUUCACUGGAAUGGAAUGAAAAUAAAAAAAAUGAUUAGUU